AUAGAAGAAGGAGUAGAAAUAAUAUAUUUUUUAAAAAUUUAUUUUAGAUAUUUUAUCACUCAUAAGGAUUACAACAAAAUAAAGAAAUCUUUUUAAAGACCCAUGCUAAAAUAUCUGCAAUUUCAAGAAGAUCACCCCGUUUUAGGACCAACUAGCAAACUUCCUCUAUAUAAACCAUUCGAUAAUGUGGAACAAGAACAUAAAAUCGUAGCAGGAGUCUAUGAGCGACCAUCAUUGAAAGCCCCCUAUGAUAGUCACAUUGUUAGAGAUAUUCUAGCUCAAUCCAAACGUUAUCAAAACUUAAAACCCCAAGUUGCAUUACAAAUACUAGGCGAACGACGCAGUUUUGAGUAUUUCAAGAAAUUUGCCAUUUCACAUUUGGAGUCCAAUGUGAAAAAACAAUUUCGCAUAUUUUUUAAAAUGAUUGUGUGCAAAGAAAAUGCAUUUAAACCAAGUGACGAAUUAGCACAUAGCAUUUUUAGUUGGAAUUGGAAUGAUUUUCUUACACGUCGUAGACUUAAAAAUUUUGUAUGGGUAGAUGUUUUGUUAAGAACAGAAGAAAAAUGUUUGCAUAUCUAUAAAUUUCAAAAGGAUUUGGAACAGUUGCAGGUAUUUGUGGAGAAAAUAUUUGAUGGUUUGUUCUCAAAUAUGGGAAAAGAGGAUAUUGAUAUUUAUCAACAUAUAGAGAAGACAAUUGAUGAAGCCAAAAAGGUGCUACAUACCACAGACUAUGUGGAAGAUGAACUUUUUGAAAAUACCAAAGAUUUAAAACAGCUUAUACACAAGGAAUAUUUUCUUUCCGAUCCCAAACGUUAUUCAGAAGAGAAAUUUAUUAAAACUCAUUUGGAAAAUAGAAUUUUAAACAGCCACAUUUGGGAUCCCAUUGAAAUGCGUUUUCAGUUAAACUGGUUUCGUAAUAUUGUCCAACAAAACCAAUAUCGCAUGGAUAGUAAUUUGGAAAAAUAUCAAAGUGAUAUUGUCCAUUAUACACAAUUGCUGGAAAUGGAAACGUUCAUUAAUGGCAAUUGUUUAGAUUAUUGUUACUCCUCCAUAGAGGUGUAUAAAAAUCGUAUAAAUGAAUUUCAAGAUAAAUUUGAUAAAGAAUAUGAUGCUAUGGAGAAUAAAUUGAUAUAUAAACGUUUACAAAUUGAUAAGUUGCGAGAACAGCGUCAGUUUUUGUCUCAGGAAAUACAACGAUUUCAUGAAGAGGAAGAAGCAAUGCGUUUGCGAAUCGAACGUGAGGAGAAAGAAAAGGAACUACAGCAAGUGAGAGAAGCUGAAGAAUUAGCAGCUAAACAAAUGAAUAAGAAAAAGGGACAGAAAGGAAAGAAAACUCCAAAAAAUAAAAAAACUAAUAAAUAGCUAAUGUUAAACGUUUGUUUAAAAUCAAGGAAUAUAAUCUCAUGUAAAUGGAAUUUAUAUAAAAAUAUCCAAAAAACGUUUAUUCAAAGAAUAAAUACUUUUUUAAAAAUAA